CUUGAAGUCAGUCACUAGUGAGAAUAUGAUUAUAUUUAGAACUUCUGUAAACCAAUAGCAAAGGAGCUCGGCAACCACAAUCACUGGCGCGAGAAGUAACUAGUGUGCUACGAAGAAAUUCUAAGGAUGACACUCUUUACUAGUGGGACACAAAAUGUCUUUAAUUCAGUUAACAUCGGCGCAAAUAAGACCAUAAGUGCUGCACAAAAAACGGCCGAAGUUCAGUCUCCUCCAGGGGAUACAGUAUCGUGUCUUCGCUUCAGCCCUGAGUCUAUGCAAACGACCUUCUUGGCUGCUACUAGUUGGGAUAAUCGUAUUAGAAUUUGGGAAGUCCAAGCCAAUGGUUCUACCAUUCCAAAAGCCGAACAGAUGCAUCAAGGGCCUGUUUUUGGGGCUUGCUGGAGCACCGAUGGUUCAAAACUUUUCAGUGUAUCAGCAGACAAAACUGCGCAAAUGUGGGAUCUUGGUUCAAACACUUUCACGCAAGUUGGUGUGCAUGAUGCUCCCGUUAAAACUGCCCAUUUUAUUACUGCUCCAAAUUAUUCUUGUUUGAUGACAGGUUCAUGGGAUAAACGACUUAGAUUCUGGGAUACAAGACAAUCUCAGCCUAUUUUAAACUUGGAUUUACCGGAAAGGAUCUAUUGUGCUGACGUUCAUUAUCCACUUGCUCUUGUCGGGACUGCAGGUCGGCAAAUAUUUGUGUAUAAUUUAGAAAACGGUCCUACUCAGUUCAGCCAACUAGAGUCUCCUCUUAAAUUUCAGAAAGCAAAGUUGGUUACCCGAGCAUUGUUUCCUGACGCUUCGGUCUUUAGAUUUAUCUUAAACUUUCGAGUUCUGGAAUUCGUGGUCAAAAGUGUUUACUUCAACGUCAAAAACUUGUUGACGACGGCAAAAUUUUGCUCAGCAAGAAAAAUAAAAAAACUACUCAUCAAGUCAAACUCCCCCAAAAACAGCAAGUUUUUUCCAUCUCUCUGUUCUACGUUAAUAUGUUGGCUCUGUCAAUUACUUUACUGUUAGAGUAUACUUAUGUAUAUUUGUUGAAACUUGGUUCCGAAUAUAGUUUUCAGUCUCUAUUUAUCGAUAAUCAUGGCGCUGGUGCAUUCAGUCGGUUGCAGACAACAAGAAACCUGACACGCGUAUCGAUCUAAGUUAUUGUAUACAUUAGGUUCCAAUGUAGUUUUUUUCGUAAAAAUAUUUCAUUAACUGUCUUACAGAUCUACAGAUUGUCAGAUAAAUCUUUCGUGAAAAGCACAUAUUCAUUGUUCCAGUGUCUCUGAAUUUGUUUCGUUUUAGUUUUAAAUCAUAUAAUUUGAUUCAUUACCUUAAAAAAAUUUAUUUAUUUUCUUUACUAUUUCAUUCGGACUUAUUUUGUCACUAUCUGUUGUUACUUUGCUCGCAUGAUGCUCUGAUUUUCAAAAUGCUACACAAUAAAAAAAAUAGUUUUUUAGCCAUGCUAUUGUUCUUUUUCACUAAAAUGUACCUUUAAGCUCUAUGUUAGUUGUAGUACGAAAAAGGAUAACUCAUCUGGUUUUUCUUUUGGUAAAGACAGAAUCUGUUUAUUAUUCGACAAGGAAUAGUUUGUCAUGUUUGAAUUAAUGUCAAAGAUCAUAUGUUGCUCUUCACGAGUCACUUAAAUACGAAUUACCUGGUUGUGAUAGGGGGGCAGGAAAAAUAGUUAUGGGUUCAUCUGUGGUAUUGGGAAAUUAUAUCAGGCUUGAGAAGCUUAUAUAUUGACUGAGUACGAUUUUCGUGCUCAUUCUAUAGUUUUCUGUGUGUAGACUUCAUCCUUUUGUUAAGAUUAAAACUUCAUUGAUUGUUCUACAGUUUUCACGAAAUUCACAAUUAUAUAUCUCGUCUUAAAUUUUUACGUUAACAGAGUCGUUGUAUAUCUAUAUUCAUGGACAAACAAAAACAAAAUCCCAGUGGAUUUGCCCUAGGAAGCAUUGAAGGGCGUGUCGCCAUACAGUAUUUAAAUCCAACUACGCCUAAAGAUAAUUUCACUUUUAAAUGUCAUCGUUCUAAUGCACCGGUCAACGGUUACCAUGAAAUUUUUGCAGUAAGUAUUGUUUAUUGUGCGAUUCACAUUCAUGAAAAUGAUAUAAGUAAACUAAGUAAUAUUUUCAAUCUCUGUAUGAAAUGAAGCUUAAUAAAAAAAAUUGUUUCUGCACUCUAUUAACAUCCAAUAGAUUGUACGUCUCAACCUCACUUCUUAUAUCACGUUCUGAAUUACCUGAUAGUACUGUAAACGUAAUGUUCAAUUUAUGAAGUCAGUUUGCACGUAACUACUUAUUUAUACUAGAUGUUUAGUCAAUUCUUUUUCUGGAACAUGCAAUUUAUUUUCUAGAUAGUUUUUAUCACAUAAACUGUUCCCACCUGAUGAAAGAAUUAAAACCAAGAGACAUUAGACUUCUGUUUUAUAUCAGAUUGGGACUCAGCUGUAAAGCAAUUCUACGACCCUAUUUUGAGAUGAUUUCAGGAUCCUCAGAUCACAUCAUGAUACCAUACAGCCACUAAGUUAAAGCACGAUGGUUCAUAUUAUCAACUUCAAAUAUAAGGAUCUACAUCACUUCUGACCUCAUCAAAUCAAUAGUUGAUAACUCCUCAUUGAAAUUUAGACUUAUCUAUUUCGAUGAUUGCAUUAUUAACCAGUCUACGUUUUUGGUUUGUCUUUCAAAUUAAUCAGUUUCCGUCAUCGUAUCAUUUCAUCCAUAGAUAUUUUGAUCGAUAUAUUCUUUAACGAUCUUGUUUGAUAGCAUCUUAUUAUGAAAUCCAACUGCGUAUGCUUGAGUUUCAGUGUACUGAAAACCAGCGUAGAAUAAUAAUUUCAGUCGUCAUCAGCGAAAUGGAUUUAUCAGCGAGCGCUAUUAUUUUACUUUUUCAUCAAUUUCCUUGUACGUGCGUUAUUUAUAGUCAUGUGAUAAUUUGAUGUUAUAGUUUUGGUCAGUAAAUUAGAAGCAUUCCUUCUCAUUAUAUUUUCGGAAGUAAUUACCAAUAUUAUUAUCAAAAUAUUGUAAUCUACCUAAUGUUUCGUCUUUCCUUAGGUAAAUGAUAUGGCUUUCCAUCCAGUGCAUGGCACACUAGCCACAGUGGGGUCUGAUGGAUGUUAUUCGUUUUGGGAUAAAGAUGCUAGAACUAAAUUACAUUCUUCGGAUUCUCCAGAUCAACCACUCACUUGCUGUGUAUUUGAUCCUAAAGGCCAAGUGUUCUGUUAUGCGUCAGGUUAUGAUUGGUCUAAAGGAUAUCAGUUCGCCGAUCCAUCUAAACCUAUCAAAAUAAUGAUGCGCUUGUGUAUGGAAGAUAUGACUCCUGGUAGAAAAUCAUAAUUUGAAAGAGAUUGAACAAUGUAUUUGUUCUUCAUGUAUAUUUCAAUAUGUUCAUGUAAACUCACCUGUCUGAAAAACGGAACACAUUAAUGUACAACUUCAAACUGUAUUUUUAUAAAACGUUGACAAGUAUCUUUUUUUACUGCAUCUUGCUCUUUUACUCUCGAACCUGUAUGUAGAGCAUAUAGUUCAUAGUUUGUAUUUCCGAUAUCGUUACGCAUAAGGUUAUUUGAUCUUAGAAGAAUUGAGUCUGAUCCCCGAUAAUUCAGUCGUACAACAAAUUACCAUCUGUAGAACUCUCCUUCUGCUGGAAUCGUUAUACAUAGCUUUGAUUGCUAUAGUAUACAUUGGUUUGUAUUUUAAUUUUGAUGAUGUCCUUUAACAGAAAUCCAGGAGAGUAAGAAGCACUCCUUGCAAAUCAUGGUAGUUUAAUGCUGUGUUUUUGUUAUAACGCGAAAUAUAGCGUAUUGCGAUAGGACUACGCGA